CUGGCCUGGCUGCUACCUUCCCCUCAUUCUACUCUCCUCCUCUACUCCUCCUCUCCCAUUCACCUUCACAGAGUAAGAGACCUCGUGGCAGUCAAGUUUCAUCAUGCGGUCCUCUACCCAGCAGUCCAGUUUCAUGCUUGCCUUGCUGGCCAUGCCGUUGGCCCUGCCAGUAUCAGCAGAGAGAAUCCUCGGGGCUUAUAUCUUCGCUCGCCAUGGAGAUCGUACCGCUAAGGUGUUGAAGAACACGCAGCUGACCGACCUGGGUUACAGCGAAGUCUAUCAGACAGGCAGCUACUGGCGCAGCCGGUACCUUGACUCGAACUCGUCUCUUCAGAUCCAAGAUAUUAACGAGAACAUCGUCAAGUUGAGCCAAAUCAGUGUCUCAUCACCGUCCGACGAUGUGCUUCAGAACUCGGCAACGGGCUUCCUCCAGGGUGUCUACCCUCCUGUCGGCUCGUCGGCGAACCAGACCCUGGCUAAUGGCAGCACUGUCGACUCUCCACUGAACGGAUAUCAGCUGAUUCCCAUCUCUCUCACCGAGACCAAUUCGAAUAGUGAGGACACGGCCUGGCUACAGAGCUCAACUGAGUGCCAGAACGCCGAGAUCAGCAGCAACAACUACUAUUCCUCGGCACUUUACAACUCGCUAUACUCCUCCACCCAGGACUUCUAUCAGUCCCUGUCCUCUUUGCUGAAUGAGACCUUCUCCGACUCUCAGAUGAGCUUCAAGAACGCUUACACGAUCUUCGACUAUCUCAACGUUGGGUACAUCCACAACACCACCAACGUCCCCACUGAGGAACAACUCCAUCAGGCCCUUCUCCUUGCCAACAUCGAGCAGUACAACUUGGCCUACAACUCCUCGGACACCAUCCGCGCCAUCGCGGGUGCAAUCCUAGCCGGAGACGUGCUCACCGGUCUGAACGACACCAUCUCCUCCAAGGGCAAAUCCAAGCUGAAUAUCCAGUUCGGCUCCUACGGUACUUUCAUGUCCUACUUUGGCCUUGCGCAGUUGCCCGCUGCGGACGUCGACUUCACGGGUAUCCCUGACUACGCCUCUUCCAUGGCAUGGGAGCUGGUUACCAACUCGACGGACUCGUUCCCUUCGACCUCCGACAUCAGCGUGCGCUUCGUGUUUCACAAUGGAACCCUCUCAUCCGGCUCGCCUACCGAGUACCCGCUCUAUGGCAAGUCCAGCCCUACCAUCUCCUGGUCGGAGUUCUCCGAGCUCUCGAGCAAGAUCGCCGUCACCUCGACCAAGCAGUGGUGCAGUGUUUGCGGCAACACCGAUGGAGAUUGUGCGGCCUACUCGACUAGCUCAAACACCACCACCACCACCACCACCACCACCACCACCACCACCACCACUACUACUUCGUCGAAGUCGGAGAGCGACGGUGGUGUCUCGAGGCCCGUGGCGGGUGUCAUUGGCGCGAUGGUGACUCUAGCGGUGAUCCUUGGCCUUGAAGCAUUGUUUCUCCUGGCUGGUGGAUUCCGCAUCACCAAAAAGCGUGCGCCUGUUGCUGCUGCGGCCGCCGCCGCCGAUGCUGAGAAAUAAAGCCAUUUGUGGAUUUAGAUAUCUAGCUCCAGGACUUGAACUCUCAUGAGGGACGAUUUACGGUAUGACAGUCGAACGGGUGAUCUUCAUGCAGCAAUAAUAGUCGCAGAUAAUGAACAAAAUCAUGCAAUAUGUAAAGCCG